GCAGCUGUCAUCUUCUAUGCAACAUUACCUCCGCAGACUAGCCGAUAAAUAAUGGCCAGUGAGCCGCAGCCCGGACCCGGAGCAGCGGUCCCCUGCUCUGCCGGAGAACCGUGAGCAUGCCCCGGCUUGGAAAACAUCUCCCCAGCCUCUCAGACAACCAUUCAAGAUGUAUUUCAACCGGAGAGCGAAGAAGAUACACACCGAGGGGGCCUCGCCUCUCUCCCAUCACUCUAACGGUGCAGGACCUGCGUGCUCGUCCGGAGGAUACCGAAAGGCAGAUGAUGAGAUGUCCGGGACUACUUCCCAGGCGGAUCCGGUAGACGCCACCGCCCGAUCGGUGCUGCUCAACGGGACACAGACAACCAAGUUCUGCGACAACCAUGUCAGUACCACCAAGUAUGGAGUCCUCACCUUCUUGCCCCGGUUCCUCUAUGAGCAGAUCAGGCGCGCUGCCAACGCCUUCUUCCUGUUCAUCGCUCUCAUGCAGCAAAUCCCCGAUGUAUCGCCGACGGGUCGCUACACCACGCUGGUCCCGCUCAUCUUCAUCCUCACUGUGGCCGGGAUCAAGGAGAUCAUUGAGGACUAUAAAAGACACAAAGCAGACAACACCGUGAACAACAAGACAACAAUAGUGCUGCGGAGCGGAGCCUGGCAGACCAUCAUCUGGAAACAGGUGGCAGUAGGAGACAUAGUGAAGGUGACCAAUGGCCAGCACCUUCCAGCUGACAUGGUCAUUGUGUCCUCCAGCGAGCCGCAGGCCAUGUGUUACACUGAGACGUCCAACCUGGAUGGAGAAACCAACCUGAAGAUCAGACAGGGUCUCUCGCUCACGGCUACCUAUCAGACCCUGGAGGAUUUGAAUGGUCUGUCUGGUCGUCUGGAGUGUGAAGGCCCCAACAGACACCUGUACGACUUCACUGGGACUCUGCGGCUGGAGAACCAGAAUCCCGCUCCUCUGGGUCCCGACCAGGUGUUGCUGCGCGGCGCUCAGCUCAGAAACACGCAGUGGGUUGUGGGAAUUAUUGUCUACACUGGCCAUGACUCUAAACUGAUGCAGAACUCCACCAAGGCCCCUCUGAAGCGCUCUAACGUGGAGCGGGUCACCAACAUGCAGAUCCUGGUCCUGUUCUGCAUCCUGCUGGUCAUGGCCCUGAUCAGCUCUGUGGGCGCCGCCAUCUGGAACAAACAACACACCGAAGAGUCCUGCUGGUACCUGAACCGGGCCGAUGACAUCUCCACUAACUUUGCGUACAACCUGCUGACGUUCAUCAUCCUGUACAACAACCUGAUCCCCAUCAGCCUGCUGGUCACUCUGGAGGUCGUCAAGUUCACACAGGCGCUCUUCAUCAACUGGGACAUGGAGAUGUAUUACGCAGAAACAGACACACCAGCCAUGGCUCGAACGUCCAAUCUGAAUGAGGAACUAGGACAGGUGAAGUAUCUCUUCUCCGACAAGACAGGGACUCUGACCUGUAACAUCAUGCACUUUAAGAAGUGUACCAUUGCAGGACUCACAUAUGGCCACUUCCCUGACCUUGACUGUGAUCGUUCGAUGGAUGACUUCAGCACUCUGCCGGCCAGCCCCAAUAACUCUACAGAGUUCGACGACCCAACUCUAGUCCAAAACAUCGAGACUCAUUCCACAUCCCCUCAGAUCUGUGAGUUCCUGACGGUGAUGGCAGUGUGCCACACGGUGGUCCCAGAGAGGGAGGAAAACGGGAUCAUUUACCAGGCGUCUUCUCCAGAUGAAGGAGCGCUGGUCAAAGGAGCCAAAGGACAGGGCUUCGUCUUCACAGCAAGAACCCCGCGUUCAGUCAUCAUCGAGGCUAGAGGAAAGGAGAUGAGCUAUGAGCUGCUGAACGUGCUCGAGUUCUCCAGUAACCGCAAACGCAUGUCUGUGGUGGUCCGGACCCCCACCGGGAGGCUGAGGCUGUACUGCAAAGGAGCUGACAAUGUCAUUUUUGAGCGUCUGACUGAAGCAUCCCAGUACAAAGAGUUAACUAUGGCUCAUCUGGAAGAGUUUGCUACUGAAGGUCUGAGGACUCUGUGCUUCGCCUAUGUGGACCUGGAGGAAGAGGCUUACCAGGAGUGGCUGAAAGAAUACACCAUCAUCAGCACGGUGCUGAAAGACAGAGCUCAGAAACUAGAGGAGUGUUACGAACUACUGGAAAAGAACCUACUGCUGCUGGGCGCCACGGCCAUAGAGGACCGUCUGCAGGCCGGCGUUCCCGAGACCAUCGCCACUCUGAUGAAGGCCGACAUCAAGAUCUGGGUCCUCACCGGAGACAAACAGGAGACCGCCAUCAACAUCGGUUACUCCUGUCGUCUGAUUACACACGGCAUGUCCCUCCUCAUCGUCAACGAGGACUCUCUGGAUGCGACCCGAGCCACGCUGACCGCUCACUGCUCGUCCCUGGGCGACUCUCUGGGGAAGGAGAACGAGCUGGCGCUGAUCAUCGACGGCCAGACGCUGAAGUACGCUCUGUCCUUCGAGCUGCGCCAGGCCUUCCUCGACUUGGCGUUGUCCUGCAAGGCUGUCAUCUGCUGCCGAGUGUCUCCGCUUCAGAAGUCAGAGAUCGUGGACAUGGUGAAGAAGCACGUGAAGGCGAUCACGCUGGCGAUAGGCGACGGUGCCAACGACGUGGGGAUGAUCCAGACGGCUCACGUUGGAGUCGGGAUCAGCGGCAACGAGGGCAUGCAGGCCACCAACUCCUCUGAUUACUCCAUAGCACAGUUCUGCUAUCUAGAGAAGCUGCUAUUGGUCCAUGGGGCGUGGAGCUACAACCGUGUCACCAAGUGCAUCCUCUACUGUUUCUACAAGAACGUGGUCCUAUACAUUAUAGAGCUCUGGUUCGCCUUUGUGAACGGGUUCUCCGGACAGAUCCUUUUUGAGCGCUGGUGUAUAGGCCUCUACAACGUGAUAUUUACCGCACUGCCUCCGUUCACUCUGGGAAUAUUUGACCGGCCGUGCAGCCAACAGAACAUGCUCCGCUUCCCGCAGCUCUACCGAAUCACCCAGAAUGCCGAGGGCUUCAACACCAAGGUGUUCUGGGGGACUUGUAUCAAUGCACUGAUUCAUUCAAUUAUUCUCUUCUGGUUUCCUCUCAAAAUGUUAGAGCAUGACGCCCCGUUCAGCACCGGUCAGGGAAAUGACUACCUAUUUGUUGGAAAUAUGGUGUACACAUAUGUGGUGGUUACAGUGUGUCUGAAAGCUGGAAUGGAGACCACCGCUUGGACCAAGUUUUCCCACCUGGCAGUAUGGGGAAGCAUGGCGCUCUGGAUGGUCUUCUUCGCCGUCUACUCCGCCAUCUGGCCCUCCAUCCCCAUCGCCCCCGACAUGCUUGGCCAGGCUGGCAAAGUGAUGCAGUGCUGGUACUUCUGGCUGGGUCUGAUCCUGGUGCCGGCUGCGUGUUUACUCAAAGACUUCGCCUGGAUCGCCACCCGGCGCACGGUGAGGAAGUCUCUGCUGGAGGAGGUGCAGGAGCUGGAGGCCCGGGCUGUGGACCCGGGGGCCGCCGUGCUGAGGGACGCCAGCGGGCGCAGUCUAAACGAACGAGCCCAUCUGCUGACAAGAGUCUUUAGAAAAGCGCCUUCAACCGUGGGACGCUCCAACUCGGUGCAGCAGACUGUGUCACAUGGAUACGCCUUCUCUCAAGAGGAGCACGGCGUGGUGUCCCAGUCCGAGAUGGUCCGCUCCUACGACACCACGCGCGAACGCCCCAGCCUCUAGCCCCACCCCUGACCACGGCUUCAGCUCACCGCUAGCAACGGUUACCAAGGUGACAGCGGAGACAGACUCAUGUGACACCCUCCCGCGGGUGACUGACCCCCUGCUGUGGCCUUACUGGAACUGGACCCUCGCCCGGGGGAGGGGCUCACGGUCAGGCGUGGAGGCCGUAGACUCGAGAGAAGGCCGACUAUACGGGAAAAAAAACACUAAGCUGCACAGGCAUGAGCAAUCAUAACCACGCACAGACAUGACGAGUCAAACUCAGAGACUGCUCCUCAUAUCCGUAUACCCUUCAGACUGGGUUUGCUCCAUGCCACUGUGUGUAUAUCCCUACGUGUGUGUGUGUGUGUAUCCGCCUGUGCAUGUGUGUGUGCACGCGUUGGCGCUGCCGUGUUUGUGUGCAUGUGUGUGUAUUCGCUUCAUCUCGUCUCAGGAGGUGGGUUUAGCUUGUCUGUCAUCACAGGAGGGGAGGGGAGGGGAAGUCAAAAUAAACACACACACUGAUGAAUUCCUUGAAAAGAGAGGGAGGGAAGGACCAGAGCCCUGAACCCCAUCCCCCCCUCCCCCUCCACCCCCUUCUACUGAUCGCAGCAGCGAGCCUCACUGCCAAACACCACAGAGAUGCCACUGAGGCUGAACGCCACACCGGACCACCACCCUGCUGCUUAUAUCUCCCCCAUUAUCUCUCCCCCAUUAUCUCCGUAUCUAUCUCCCCCCCUGCUCUGCAGCCUCCACGCAUCGCCUCCCCCUCGUCUUGGCCAGUUUUUAAAUAAAAUCUUCGUUUCCUGUUGUUGUUUUCCGACCGCUCCUGUGAUUCCUGAUGUCAGCUGACAGGCUGAGCUUCCUCCUUCACUUGUGUUGGAUUUCCACUUUCAACUGGACGUUUUUUUUUCUUUUUUUAUCAUUAUUAUUAUUAUUAAAGUGGACAUUAAUGUGUAAUGUGUUUUCCUCUUUUCAUUCAUGCCUGUUUUUGUACUCAUAGAGGGAAUAUUUUACUUGAACUAAUACAGAAACAGAAGGGAUCUGAUAGAGACUGGAUCAUGUGUUGCUCUGGCUCUGGGAUGGGUGUGAAUGUAGCGUCCAGUGUGUGAGAGUGUGUGUGAGAGAGAGGACACUGAUUCAGGAAUGCAAGUGAGAAAGAGUGAAGGGUGGGAGAAGGGGGUUGUCCAUCCAAGUCCUAAUCAUUAAAUCUAAUCAAUCCAUGGCCUGAA